UGAAGGGGGAGGAUUCUAUCUGUUUCUGGCAAACAUGAAGUCAGACCUCUGGUGCGUCUUUCUCUUCUGCUUCCAGGUUGAAGUUCUAACAGGAGAAAUCAAGGAUUCUGCCAAGUCUGAGAUGUUUACAUUUCAUAAUGGAGGUGUACAAAUUUUAUGCAAAUACCCUGAGACUGUCUGGCAAUUUAAAAUGCAGUUACUGAAGGGGACGCAAAUACUCUGUGAUCUCUCUAAGACAAAGGGAAGUGGAAACACGGUGUCCGUGAAGAAUCCGAAAUUCUGUCAGUCUGAGUUAUCCAACAACAGUGUCUCUUUUUUUCUGUACAACUUGGACAGUUCACAUGCCAGCUAUUACACCUGCAAACUAUCCAUUUUUGACCCUCCUCCUUUUCUAGAGAUUCUUAGUAAAGAAUAUUUGAAUAUUUAUGAAUCCCAGCUUUGUUGCCAACUGAAGUUCUGGUUUCCCAUAGGAUGUGCGGUUUUGGUUGUGCUCUACAUUUUUGGGUGCAUAUUUAUUUGUUGGCUUACAAAAAAGAAGUACCGACCCAGUGCGCAUGACCCUAAUAGUGAGUACAUGUUCAUGGCAGCAGUGAAAACAGCUAAAAAACCUGGACGUGCAGAUGUGACCCAUAACUCAGAAUUCUCUGGCACCCCAGCGUGAACCACAUCGGCCGGUUCUCCUGACUUGAAGUGCGAGCUUCCCUUAUUCCCUGGUCUGACUGACUUGACUACACACAUCUUCCAAUGUCGUUUUGUUCAGUCUGGACGAGUGUGACUGUAUCAGUCACUUGGGAUUUUAACAGACUGUCUCAGGACUGCUGAGUUCUCUCAAAACAAACACCCUCUUGCAAUUAGCUUUCUAGAAAGCCCAACUCAUGUGUGCUCAACAAAUAGACCUCACUGGGAUGGAAUCCCUGUCUUCACAUCUGCUUCUAGCGAUGCACCAGCCAGAAAACAAGCACAUCUACAAAUAUUUUAAAAGAUGCCAAGGGUACUGAAUCUGCAAAGCAAAUGGCUGCCAAGGGCCAGAAUCUGUCUGCAUUUCUCUACAGACUACCUCUUCUUCCUGUAGGCACAGGCAUUCCUUUUUCAGUCAGACUGUAGAGGGAGAUGCUUCAGAACUGUAGCUAUUUUAUUUCUGAGGUGUGGAUAUGUAAGUAUACUAUACUAAUUCAUUAGUACACAGUAGUCUUCUCCAAGCUGUGAACCCCAGGCCAUCAUUCCACCGAGAGUUUUUAGAUGCCUUUUGCCCUCAACUUUCCUUUUUAAAGUACUUUUACAAGACUACUUGACAGAUGCUCUGAGUAGGGAGCUAUGGCUACAUUUUUUUUCCUCUGCUGCUCAAUGAAAUAUUAUAUAUUUAUAAUAUAUAUUCUACAUAUAGUUGCAGCCUAAUGAAUACAAUUUGCCUAUAGUCUCCCUACAAGAAUAUUUUUGCUCCAGAAAGACAUUUUAUUUUCCCAAACACAGUUAAAAUGGUUUACUCUGCUGACUUGUUAACAUCAGUGGUAGAAAACAUUGCCCAAAAUCAGAAGCGACUUUAUUUUAUGAUCCUGUUUUUGACCAUUAUCUAUGUUUUUGUGGAGCUAUUAAUUACAAACUAGGCUAUUGCAUAGAUCACAGUAAAAUUUCAAGCAAACAAAUCCACCUUUCACUGUCAAGCAUUGUCCUGGGGGUAGAGCCAUUGGUGUAUUCAGUAUGAAAGCUGCAGUUCCUGGAGGUCACUGCCAAACUACAGCCAUUCCGUCUGUGGCCCCCAUCAGCCUGGAGCAGCCAUCUAGACCUGGGUGGAAUUCCAAGUGUUGAGAGAUCCUCCUGAGUUCAGGGACAACCAUCUGCUGAGGCUGAAGUCAGCCCCAGGACCAUACGGUGUCUGCCUGCCUUUGUGAGCCCAGGAUCUGUGAAGAAGCACAGAUGUCAGGGAGUAACCAGCAUGAUUCCCUCUCCUAGCAGCCAUUCAGUCUGGAAACUGACUCUGGCCCUUCAAGAUAGCUUUCCUUUAAAUACAAUUUGAUUGGGAAGAUUUUUAAGUAUAUAUGUAACAUGUGAUUAUUUUUAGCUGGAAUAUUUUCUCCACUUCUUAUCUGCAUACCCAAGGCUUCUGAAGCAGCCCAUGGGUAUGUAACAGCAUUUUUAACUUUUGGUAAAAUGGGGCUAUAUGGCAGUUUUAAAAUUUGUAGUUGCCUGCUUAAAGUUUACUUUAAAAGUGAGACCUGAUGUUUCAUUACGCAUACUUACAUUAUUUUAAGGAUGUGUAAUGCCGGACGUGUACAGUACAGUACUGAAUUUGUAAUUUGAA